AAUAGAGAGAAGGAACUCAAUAUGGAAUGAAGAAGAGAGAAGGAGAAAAAAUGACAGAUAUCCUCCAAUGAUACAGGGAAAUAGACUGGAUGAAACAGAGGAACAACCACAUACAUCUAAACAAGAAUCCUCAUUGACUUUUUUUUGGAAGGACCCAGCAACAGAGAGAUUGAAACAAACAAGACAAAUCACAAUAUGGGAGUCUCCUGGCAAGCGGCAGAUAUCGGCAACAAAAGAAAGAGAAACAGAAAAAGAAGAAGAGAGACACAGAGAGAAGAGAGGAAAGAGGUAA